CUGAACAAAACAAUUCUAGCUCCAGCAGCCAUGGCGAUCCUCGAAGAAACGCAGCCUGAGCAAACCCAGAAUUCUCCUCCUCCUCCAAGCAAUCUCCCGCAAGAGAAGAAGAAUCAGGCGGCGGAGGAGAAACCCACUGCCCUGCUUCCAAAUUCUGGCAAUGGGCUCGAUUUGGACAAGUAUUCGUGGGGGCAGAGCCUCCAAGAGGUAGCGAUCACCGUUCCAGUCCCUCCCGGGACGAAAUCGAGGCAGAUAUCGUGCUAGAUCAAGAAGACGUCUCUGAAGCUAGGGCUCAAGGGCGCAGGUCAUCAGCAGCCGAUGAUUAUCGAUGGCGAACUCUUCGGCCCGGUGAAAGUGGGCGAAUCUUUCUGGCAAUUGGAGGACCAGAAGACCAUCUCCGUCCUGCUGACGAAAUCGGACGAGAUGAAUUGGUGGAGGUCGCUGGUGAAGGGAGGGCCGGAGAUUGACACGCAGAAGGUGGAGCCGGAGCCCAGCAAGCUGAGCGAUCUGGAUCCGGAGAUGAGAUCGACGGUGGAGAAGAUGAUGUUCGACCAGCGCCAGAAGCAGAUGGGUCUCCCCACCAGCGACCAGAUUCAGCAGCAGGACUUGCUCAAGAAAUUCGAUUUCUCCAAGAUGAAGAUGGUCGACAAAUUCAGCAACCUACCCUAAGAUUUGCUCACUCGCUUUUUGUAAUCUCCUUUCACUUCUCUGCUUAUAUGUAAUAAUGGUUUUCUGACAGUUCAGUUUAUGAGUCAAUAAACCUGUGCUUAUUAUAACUCUCCAUGUUUGUCCUGUGUAUAUCCAACAAUCGCAGAUCCUGCUAUGGUAUUAAAGGGACUUGCUUUAC